AUGCCUGACAUGAAGAAGAAGAGCGACAAAAACGAUAAGAUCUGGAAUGUGGUUAGUUUUGAUCGUGAAUCGAGAGUGCAGCCUCAGCCUCAGGUUUCCGUCGAACUUGUCACAGAAGAAGGGUUGUGCGAUGACAUUUUGUCCAAUGCCAGUAGUGAUGAAUCUGAGUUGCCUGCGAGCCCCUUGAAGCAAAGCAACACCGAACUAAGCUUUGGAACCUUGGUGGGGAGAAAUGAAGACGAAGAUGAUUUUGCGGCACCUGAGAGGCAGGAAGAAUGUUCGGCGCCUAAAACAGGCUCCUCUCUACUGCGCGCUAUCACCACUUUGAAAACUUGGCACGUUGUAGUAUUGACAUCAUCGACCACUUUGUUUCUAACAUACGUUGUUCAGUCUUUUCUCUACAACCAGGCUACUGAGCUAGGAAAUGAGACCGCCACCGUGCCAUAUUUCACUGACCAUGGCGCGAGCUACAGGAAUGUGGAUUUUGUUCUGCCCUUUGGAGAUAUCUCGGAGAAUACCAGUAAGUUUAUUGUCGACUUUGAGAACAGAGUUGCGAUCCCUAUAUUAGCCGAAGUGUCACCAUGGCAAGCGACGAAGUUCCAAGUAAAUCAGAAAGCUGCGUGUUAUUGGAAAGGCUUCAAAUCGUUUUGCAAUGAGCACGCUGAGACCUUGUCUGAGCGUUUUAGUGGAGCUGGCAACGCUUUGAAAAACACUUUGCGAAGGUCAGGGAGUCUGUUCGCAGGGAGACUUGGUGAAUUGGCGGCAAAUUUUGAACCUGUGAAAGCCUCUGCCAGUGCCUUAGGCGAACGUUUGGUACAGAAUUACAAGGAUUGUGACGCGUAUUACCGAAACAAUUUUCCUAUGUGUGGGCGCUAUAUCCGCGGCAAGGCCCACGGCCUUGUUGGAAACACUAGGUCACUUCCAAGACGCUUAGGAGCCCUGAAGCCUACUCUAGGAGCCAAUUUGCGUAAAGCUUUGUCGACGUCAGAUCGUAUAGUUCAAAAAGCCGAUCUCUAUGUACUCUCGAGGUGGAACAAUACAAUUGAAAUGCUCAGGUUCAAAAAAAAGAAUAUCAUUCCUUGA